UACAUCGCGGUUUUGUCGAAGUUGUUGAUUUUUUUAGUUUUUAGUGAAUACAUUUUAUUAAAUUUAAACUGCGGGUGAAAUAAUAGUGCAGUUUUGAUACGAAUAAUGGAUUCUACGAUAUCAGUGUCGAAGGGCGUCUUUGUGUUCAAAAACGGUGCCACCAGGGCGAAGGGUGCUCGCCGCAAGGUCCAACCGUGCCGCAGUCUGCUGGACGGGGCCACGACGGGGGCGUUUUGGUACCGCAGCUACGAGCGGCAGUGGAAGCGGGUCAGCGAUGCGCUGGAAAAGCUACUGUCGAGUAGCUACGAGAAGAUCCUGGACGAUUUGCUGGGGUUUGUUGAGGGGUGCCACCGGGGCAUCGAGUACAGUUCGGUGCUGCCGACGGCGGCGCUGCUGACCGGAAUCAAUCAGAUCGAUCAUUUGUCCCAGUUUGAGACGUUGGCGGGGAACAUCCGGAACAAUACGUUUUCGCUGGUGGUGCUGCUGCAGUCUAGGGAUUGCCCGAGCAUGAAGGCCGCCGUGGAGACGAUUGUGGCGGGGUUUGUCGAGGAGCAGCGUGCGGCGGAUGAGGAUGCGGAUAGUAGACAGCUGAGGAGGAAUCAGCUGAAUUUGGGGGUGUUGAGGGCGUGGUAUCUGGAGAAGCAUGGACAUCUGGAGAAGAAGCCAAACUUGAGCAUCAUAAUGCCGGACUUUGAGGUGUUCAGCCCGGAUGUGCUGCAGGACAUGAUUCUGGUGUUGAAUUCUUACUCUACCGAGUUGCCAUUCGUGCUAAUCCUUGGAGUUGCCACGUCGGUAGCCACGAUCCACAGCGUGCUGCCGUACCACGUGACGAGCAAGAUCAAGCUGAGCAUAUUCCAGUCGGAACCGUCGGUGACGAAUUUGAACAAAACGCUUGAUAGUGUCCUGCUGACGCCGUUCUGCCCGUUCCAUCUAUCCGGCAAGGUAUUCAAGCUGCUGAUGGACAUUUUCCUGUUCUACGACUUCUCGGUCAAGGGUUUUAUCGAGGGAUUCAAGUACGCCCUCAUGGAGCACUACUUCCAAGGUAACAUCUACGGACUGUGCAGCGUGACGAGCGAUCGCGACGAGCUGGAGGAGGCGGUCGAAAACCUCACCGCUACCGAGGUGGAAAGCAUCCGACAGCUGCUGUCGUUCCGGCCAUUGAUCGAAUCGCUGGACAAUCCCCAGGAGGUGGUCGAUUUCCUCACCAAGGACCACUACCUUCGGCGGAUGUUGCCCUCGAUGUUGCUCGAGGUGCACAACUUUUGGUUCAUGUUCCACUGCACGCUGGAGAUGCUGCAGGUGCUGGUGCAGGACUUGCCACGGGGACCGCUGGGGAAGCAGUUGAGGGAGCUUUAUGAGCAUUGUAUUUCUUCCGACGUUACUCAGAUGGCAGAGUUUAAGGAGUGUAUGCAGCUGGUGGCGUUCAUGUCCAAAGAGGAGAUUCUUGGCAAAGUCUUGAAGAUGAUUGAAGUUAUUCUGAAGUUCAAGGAUAUGAACGAUGAAGCAUGCAUUCGCGGUGAAACCAUCUUUGAGGUGGAGCCGCUCGAGCAAAUGAGCGACGAUCUUGAACAUCUGACCAACGCGAUCGCCCGAGCCGGCAUGGAAGUGGUACCAGAAGAUCUGGAAGAACCAACCGCCAACGUAAUCAACUCACCCAAAAUGAACCGCCAGGAGCUUCAAGCCAAACUGCUCAGCGCCGCCCGUCAACCGAAGCAGGAAUCCGCCUUCACCAAGGCCAUCAACGCACUCGUAGCCUACAUCACCAACGAAAUCUUCCGCAAAUAUCUGCGCCCGCUGAGCCGCGGCCCACCGCUCAUCGAACUGUUCGUGUUCAACGACGCGGCCACCAUCCGGCGCCACAUCGUGGGCGUCCCGAGGGCGGCCGUCCACACGGCCCUCAACAACCCGCACUACUACCUGCAGUGCGGCUGCUGUGAGCUCGAGGACGACCACAGCCUGGUGCCGACGAUGCCGGACCUGUCCGUUGCGUACAAACUGCACGCCGAGUGUGGCCGCAUGAUCAACCUGUUCGAUUGGUUGCAGGCGUUCCGGACCGUGGUGGACGACAGGAACGCAGACGAGGAAGAGCAGGAGCGACACAUCGAUCCGCAGAUUCAGGCAAGGUUCACGCGUGCGGUGGCGGAGCUUCAGUUCCUGGGCUUCAUCAAGACAUCCAAGAAGAAGACGGAUCACGUGACAAGACUCACGUGGUGAGCUGGGCUCAGUUUUUGGUGGAUAUUUUUCAGUGCGAGAUCUCUUCGAUUGUA